AUGACUAAGCUCGCCAUCAUCGUGCUGGCCACGGCCGCCGCCCUGGUCAAGAGCACAGCUGCCUACGGCUUCAAGUCGCCGUGUCCAGUAGACAAGGACAUUUGCGGAUGGGCCCUGCAGUCCAACUACGGCUACGACAACGAGAUCCUCGCAGAUGCAACCGGAGCGGCCAACCAGAACGUCGGCUCCGGGACCGUCAUCUACGACAGCAUCUACAACUGCUACCCCGACGGCGAGAUUGUGUGGAGCGUGUGGUGCGGCGGCGGCGGCAGCUGCGACAAGGCGGCCAGCCCCAACAGCCAGGCCCUGUGCAAGGGCGAGCCCGUCGACACGGGCCGGGCCCCGCCUGUCUUCCCGCCCGACGACCCGAUUCCCGACGACCCGUUGCCGGUGUCGUCGGCCCGCCCGGUCUCGACACCGGCGAGCAGGAGAUGGGUUGCCUAG